AUGGUUAGAGUAUUGAAACAUCACGAAAAGAAAUUAUUAAAGAAAGUUGAUUUCCUUAAUUGGAAACAAGAUCAAGGACAUCGUGACACUCAAGUCAUGAGAACUUAUCAUUUACAAAAUCGUGAAGAUUAUCAUAAAUAUAAUCGAAUGUGUGGUGAUAUUAGAAAAUUAGCUCAUAAAUUAUCAUUACUACAAGCAACAGAUCCAUAUAGAAUUAAACAUGAACAAUUAUUAUUAGAUAAAUUAUAUGAUAUGGGUAUAUUAGCUACAAAAUCAAAAAUUUCCGAUUUAGAAAAUAAAGUAACCGUUAGUAGUUUUUGUCGAAGAAGAAUUGGUGUUGUUAUGUGUCGUUUAAAAAUGAGUGAAACUAUUAGUGAUGCAGUUAAAUUUAUUGAACAAGGUCAUGUUAGAGUUGGUCCAAAUGUAAUUACUGAUCCUGCUUAUUUGGUAACUAGAAAUAUGGAAGAUUAUUUGACUUGGGUUGAUAGUUCUAAAAUUAAAAGAAAUGUUCUUAAAUAUAGAAAUAAAAUUGAUGAUUAUGAAUUAUCCUAA